AUGGUUAUCGAAAUUUUGAGUCCGAUUUUCCCAUGUGUUAUUUAUUUGUUUGUUUGUUUUUCUGUAAAAAGUAGGUCACAUUUAAAGUGGGUCACGCUUCAGGACCCAGAGUGCCUGAAUUGGGCUUGGAAGCCAGGUGGCCUCCGACAGAGUGCAAGGUGAGAGUCCCAAUAGGAAGAGGUGCUGAGCUCCAUCAGGAUUCCCGGUCCCCGACUUUCCAGGGUAUCACAGAGAUAGACGCACCGGGCCCAUCACCCCGCAACCCACCGGGGCACAGGCGAUCUGUCGGUGACCGUGACUGUGAGAGACUUUGCCACACCAAUCUGCCGGAAUUUGGAGAGAAGGAACCAGCUGCUUCCAAUCCCCCGCGCCUCUGCCACCAUUUCGGACACCCCGCAGAGACUCGUUUUGGGAUACCUUGUGACUUCCAAGGAGGACUCGAGGUCCGCUGGCCCCAGCUCGGGCGACCACCUGUCUCUGGCGUGUUGAUUCAUCUCCCAUGACCCUGCGGUGCCUGGAGCCCUCCGGGAAUGGCGCGGACAGGACGCGGAGCCAGUGGGGGACCGCGGGGUCGGCGGAGGAGCAGUCCCCAGAGGCGGCGCGUCUGGCUAAGGCCCUGCGCGAGCUCAGUCAAACAGGGAGAAAUGGAUGCCAGAGACAAGCAAGUGCUCCGCUCUCUGCGUCUGGAGCUGGGUGCGGAGGUCUUGGUGGAGGGACUGGUCCUGCAGUACCUCUACCAGGAAGGGAUUUUGACAGAAAACCAUGUUCAAGAAAUCAAAGCCCAAACCACAGGCCUCCGGAAAACAAUGCUGCUGUUGGAUAUCCUGCCUUCCAGGGGCCCCAAAGCGUUUGAUACCUUCCUAGAUUCCCUCCAGGAGUUUCCCUGGGUAAGAGAGAAGCUGGAGAAGGCAAGAGAUGAAGCCACAACUGAGCUCCCUACAGGUGACUGGGUGGCUGGAAUCCCUUCGCACAUCCUCAACAGCUCUCCGUCAGACCGGCAGAUUAACCAGCUGGCCCAGAAGCUAGGACCCGAGUGGGAGCCCAUGGUGCUGUCUCUGGGACUGUCCCAGACUGACAUCUACCGCUGCAAGGCCAACCAUCCCCACAACGUGCAGUCACAGGUGGUGGAAGCAUUUGUCCGCUGGCGCCAGCGCUAUGGGAAGCAGGCCACCUUCCUAAGUUUGCACAAGGGCCUCCAGGCUGUGGAAGCAGACCCCUCGCUGCUCCAGCACAUGCUGGAGUGAUCCUACCCCUGCCACUUGUUGGGUCGUGGGCCCCCAAGUCACACAGGCUGAACCGGACUUUCACUCAGCAAGUGGCUUUGUUCUGGGUUUGUUUUUGUUUUUUGUUUUUUUCCUUUUCGGUGAGCCUUAGGUGGAAGGAGAACAUCUGGAUUGUCCUGGCUCGAUAAUCCAAUGACUUUAAUUGCUUGAAGAUUGCAUUGUAGUAACUGCAGUUUUGAACUGUGUGGUUACCUUUUAACAGAAGUCCAGAAGAAAACAAGAGACCAUGCUACCACAUUGCACACAGAUGUCCUACAUACAAAGUCUUUACAUUGCCUGGAAACUGGACUGUGGACUUAGUGCUUCAUAAUGAGGAUGAUAAUAAAAAGUGAAUUAUGUUAUAAGAUGUGCCUCUUUCAUGAGAAAGUAUGCCCUCCCCCUUCUUCUGUUGCACAGACAGAGGGUAUAAAACUGUGGGAGUGGAACAAGUUUGGUAGUAGCUGUGAAAUAGUGGGAAUGAGUAGCUCUUCAGGCGGGAUGAAUGGCUUAAGUGUAAGACAGCAAAGCUGCUGCAGAAGCCAGGAAGGGAACUCAAGCCCUUCAUCCUAACAGAUUGCAUAAGAAAUCUCUGUCCAUUUAUUAAAGGUAUUUGGGUCUGAGACAAAGGGGCCUCAGUGUUACCCUUGAGGCCUGAAUGCCUGAAAGUGUUGGGUUCCUGGAGGGUAGGGGGGUGUCAUGGGUUGUCCUGCCUUUCAUUGAGAGCACAGUGUUAGUCAGACAGGUGUACAAUUGUAAUCCCAGCUCUUAAUUGUCUGAGGCAGGAUGAUCACUUCAAGGCCCAGCCUGGGCUAUGACUACAUAGCAUUCCAGGUCAGCUUCAGUUAUCACCAAGAUCCUGUCUCAAAGCAAAUAAAUAAAAAUUUACCAUGCAGGGUUUCUAGAAUGCUCCUUUUCAGGGCUUGUGCGUUCUUGUCUGGGCCUCUCAGCAGCCCCUGUGAAGCACGUACGCAAGCGUGGUUCGCCCCUCCUUUAGAUGGGGCAGGACCUGUGGAAGCUAACUAAGCUAGAAUGUGGUUUGCUUCUUCAUGAAUGAACUAGAAGCAGGCAGGAUGCUUUCAAAGAAAGACACAAAGGCUUCCAUAGGGGCUGUGGAUGCCACUCAGCUGGUAGGGUAGGAUGUUUGUCCAGCAUGCUCAAAGUCCUAAAUUCCAUCCCAGUACCUCAUUAAUUCAGUGUGAUGGGCAAACCCAUGAUCUCAGCCCUCCAGAAGGUGGAGGCAGGAGGAUCAGAAGUUCAAUGUCAUCCUCGUCUACAUAGUGAAUUCAAGUUCAGCUUAAGCUACAUGUAAAGGGGAGGAGAAGGGAAUAUGUUAAAGAGGUUAGGUAGAUGUUUCCUUUGUCCUUCACAGUGACUGGAGAGCACAGUUUUUUAAAUCUAUAGAAUUUUCAAGGGAACAAAAGUAGACUGCUUCUCUCCCUCCGCCUAAGGAUGAACCAAUAAAGAUGUGGAGGUGGGUGAAAAUGAAACAUGCUCAGAAAGGUGGCAGUGGUGUGGUGACAUCCUUUCAGACAUCUGGUACCCUCUCUCCCUUUACCAAGAAGACCAACUGUUCCACAGUUCACCAUUCAGUAGAUACAAUCCCCAAAACAUUGUGUACUGGCCACACCCACUCUGAUUUUCCAUCCUGUGGUCUAGUCAAUACUUCGUUAUUUUAUAAAAUCCCUAUUUUUGGCCAUGCCACUGUACCCACUGAUAGACUGCUCAUCAAUAGAGUCUUUAAUAAACUACUUAUCAUUUUGAA